ACGACGACGGAAGACGACCACGACCACGACGGAAGACGACCACGACCACGGAAGACGACCACGACCACGGAAGACGACCACGACCACGACGAAAACUUCCACUCCGAAACUUAACAGCUCCUCCAACUUCUUCCCGGUCCCGCAGAACCCGAAAUCCGCGAAUUGCCUGCCCCUCCAGUAGACCCAGCGACUACGACUGUCCUUAAACUUCACACUGCUCGACAAAGUCCCAUCCACCGAGACACGGCGUGCACACCCCCACUUACUCACCCGCUCGAUUGUUUAGUUCCACACGUCAGGGCCCGCCGAGCCAUGCCUCCACCGAUGUUCAACGAGACGGCACGGCGAAAGUUUACGGGCAACAUCACCUUCUACCGGGAGCAGUACUGUUACCGGCAGCGAGUGUUCCUGCCGCGGAACAUCAAUGCGGUUCUCAAAGCGAACGCGACCACGCACGAGGCCAGCUGGGACGCCCAAGAGCCCGGGGCUUCGAGUCGGCAGAGGAGGAAACCCGCCCCUGAAGUCCAGCGGCCACGCGGGGAAACCAUCGCCGAGAUUUGCAACAAACUGCAGCCGCCAAAGGACGAGGCGAGACUCAAAAUCAAUGUCGUCGCCGUAAAACGCACCUCCUCCGCCCCGAGGAACAGCGCAGCCACAUCUACCCAGGCAGCGUCGGGUCCGAUGUCGUUUCGGUGUAUUGUCAAAUUGACGGUCUGGUACCUCAAGGACGGCACAACGCCAGCCGAUAUCUCUUACACGCAACAGCUACAUUGUGAAACGGAGAUGGGCACCAUCACAUACGACACCGAGGACUCGGCCACAGUAGACAUGGAUGAUUGGUUCAUUUUGGGGAUCAGCAAGUUGCGCGCAACGAUCGAGAGCGACGACGGGAAGCCAGAAUUCAGAGUAGCUGAUAGAUACCGUUACGAGCUCGCGAUAUCCGCCGUUGACCAUGCGAGCACAUGGCCACCCCUUCAUACGGGAGACCCGGGCUUCGGGCGUAACGCUAAGAACGUUGAAGUCGUCGUAUGGUUCGAAACCCAUAGGCUCAAACCACCCAGCAACACGCCUCCGACCAGAGUUUUCUUCAGGUCGGCAGGAGUGGUCGGCAAGAACAGCGCCCAUCUGAGUGUAGUGAUAGAGACUGGAUGGCGGAAUCCGAGGAAGCGUUUGCUACUACGGCAGCAGAAACCUAAGAGACAAGCGACUCCGGGCUCGGACGGAAGGGCUCUUGAAGCAGCGUCGAGUUUCAAUACCAUACUGACUUGCUACACUUUCGUCGCCGAAGUCAGGAACGGACGGAGUACGUUUGGCCCGCCGGAUUCGAAAGGUCAGCACACGUUUACCACCCCAGGAUUCGGUUGUUGCCUAUGCGAUGGACGACAGUUCCCUUCUGUGAAAUACUUGCACUUUCAUUUUGUUACUGCCCACGCGCUGUUUCACUUCAAGGUCACGUCCAGGAAGCCGCAGCCGGGUUUGCGCAGCGGCGACCAGUACGCCGACCUGUAUAUCAAAGUUGUCGUAGAUUUAGCCCGGGACACGACACAUAGCAGGGCUAGUGACCACACCCCGGACCACAGAAUAAUGACCUGGGUCAGGCCAACCAGAGAAUUUGAUGUCAACAGGAUACUGAAGGGUGAUUGGAGUUGGAUGAACGAGAGGAAAGGCACUGUUGCGGCCAACCGCCCAGUUGCAGGCCCCGAAUUCCCCGAACCGGCGGGAAUGAAGAGGCAUUUCGACUGGAACGAUAUACGUGAUGUUACUCAGAGGGAAAAGAGAAGGUUUCUGGUGAAGAAGCCUCGACAUACAGAGAAGGGACUGGUCUACGUGCGGACCGUGUCCAAACGAUACGUUGAGGUUGGGGAGGUAUUGAGUGACAGCGACGAUGACGUCGAUGAAGAAUGGUUGUUUCGAAAGCACGAAGAGACGAUCUGUGAUUUCGAAGACAUAGCUAAGACUGAGCACACCUUCAUGAAGUUGUGGGAUAAGCACAUGUUCGAAGAACGAAUACCCAGCAUGUCCCACCUCGGCCCCUCGGUGUACCGCUUCGCAAAGAAACACCGGGAACUUCUCUGCAGCGGGCCACUUUUUGUCGAAUUCUGGAAGCACUGUUUGAACCAAAUCCAGUACCGCACAAUCGAUGCCGAGUGCCUGCGCGUGGUGAUGGAAGUCGUCAAGGGCGGCAAGGACAACUGGUCGUCGGCGGGGAAGACCGAGUGCGGUGUCGGACUCAAAGGCCCCUAUGUGCUGGACGAGCCGAGUCCUUCGCCGCCGCCAUCGCCGGUGGCAAUGGCGAACCGGAGGCGGUCAAGCAUGCGGAGACCGGGGCGUGUAACGCGCGGGGAUACGAUCGAUGUCGAUGCCGAAAGUGACCUGCUAUCGGCGAGUCAACUCGGCCAGGCCAACAAAGUGAAGCAAUUCGCAGCCAAAGCACUGGCAGAUAAAACGGCGUCCCCCUUCGGCAUCUGCAUUUGUAAGGGACCGUGGGAUCGGACGCAGAUGGUGCUCUGCCGCGGAAAGAGUUGUUCCACGCGGUGGUUUCAUCGCUCGUGUUACCAGGUCACCCGGUGGUCCAUGAACUGGGUGUGCCCAAUGUGCGUCGUUGCCGAUAGCAAAAAGGUGGAGACGCCAAAUUCGGGCUCAAAUUACGACUCGGGGGACGAACGUACGCCGUAGGUCAGUGGAGCGUUUGAGUGGUGGAUUGCAGAGGAUUUUGUUUGCUCUUCGGCGUCUGGUGGGCUCGUUUACCGUAUUUCAUUUUUCUGAGGGAAAUGCCAGUUUCCUUUUACAUCCAUAUGUUGUUCUGCCGUGGUCACUAUUGUUGAGUAGAAAACAUGUUGUGGCGUUUUUCGGUCUGCCGCAUUCUUGAUCCCUUUCUCUAAUACUUGUGUAAUCUGUACAAUACAUAUAGAUAGUCCCAUUUGGCUGUGGGAGACUGGGAGUUACGAUAGGUUCAUUUUCCUUGCUCGGGCUACUACCUAUUUGUUAUCAUGGUAUGUAGCAGCGAGUGAUUGCUGGCAGAAGCUUGGGGGUUUCGUCGUUCUCCUGGUCAGACUUUUGGCCCGUAGAUGUGCCGUUCGUAGUGCAUAUACAUUAUAUAGAUAUUAUAAACCCG